AUGAGACUUCUGAUGAGACUGAAGUCGUUUACCACACCAGAACAACAUCACUUGAUUUGCUUCUUUGUUNACACCGACCGUGAAGCCGUAGGCGUUACGCGUGUCGCUCCGACAAAUGGCGGAACCAAUGGAGCAAUCCUUCCUGAUCGAGUAGCUGUUGAAGACGCUCCAAAUGGAAUCUAUACGCUGCGCGGAGACCCUCUGAUGGCACGAACCUGUUUUAUCAUUGAGAAAAAGAUGCGCAACGCAAGGGCUUUCGUAAUCGCCCAAUCAGCACCACCACGAGAUCCACGUACACCACCUCCGAAGGAGUCUGUGAUUCAAGUUAACAUCGACUUGUCUGAUCCUAAGCGUUGCGUCAGAAUAGGAGCCGAGCUGCCAGUCGCAUUAAGAGACGAGCUCAUCGAUUUUUUACGUAAGAAUGCAACCACAUUCGCAUGGACUAUAGAUCACAUGACCGGAAUCGAUCCAAGUACUACUAGCCAUGAGCUCAACGUUGACCCGACCUAUAAGCCCGUCAAACAUAAGCGACAAAAGCUCGGAGCGGAGCGCACUGCCGCGGUCAAUGAAGAGGAAAAGAAACUACUUGAUGCUGGAUCAAUCACUGAGCUCGUCGAAGCCAUAGCAGGAAACGAAUUAUUAUCUUUUAUGGAUGCGUUCUCGGGUUACAAUCAGAUAAUGAUGCACAAAAACGACCGUGAGAAGACUGCUUUUAUCACCGAGCAAGGCACUUUCUGUUACAGAGUCAUGCCGUUUGGAUUGAAGAAUGCAGGAGCCACAUAUCAGCGACUGGUGAACCGCAUGUUUGCAAGUCAACUCGGAAGAACAAUGGAAGUCUAUAUUGACGACAUGCUCGUCAAAUCAGCUCAAGCCGCAGAUCACGUCGCACACCUGAAGCAAUGUUUCGAGAUACUCAACAAGUAUAGCAGGAAGCUGAAUCCAGCGAAAUGCACAUUUGGGGUCACUUCCGGGGAAUUCUUGGGAUACCUCGUCACGAAACAUGGCAUAGAAGCUAAUCCGAAACAGAUUUCGGCUAUCAUCAAUCUCCCGUCACCACGGAAUACACAUGAAGUACAGAGGCUUACUGGGCGAAUUGCCGUACUGAAUCGUUUCAUCUCUCGUUCAACAGACAAGUGUUUGCCGUUUUAUCAGCUCCUCCGCGGGAAUAAACGCUUCGAGUGGGAUGAGAAAUGCGAGCUAGCAUUCACACAGUUGAAGGAGUACCUAUCGUCUCCACCAGUCCUGGCCAAACCCGAGCAAGGAGAAACGUUGUAUCUCUACAUCGCCAUCUCCUGUUCAGCUGUAAGUGGUGUGCUCGUCAGAGAGGAUCGUGGAGAGCAACAUCCGAUCUUCUAUGUGAGCAAAACUCUCGAUGGCGCGGAACUUCGGUACCCAACUCUUGAGAAGCUCGCAUACGCAGUCGUCAUUUCAGCUCGCAAGCUCCGCCCGUACUUCCAAUCACACACUGUUGAAGUCCUAACUAAUCAGCCGCUGCGCACGAUCCUUCACAGCCCGAGUCAAUCAGGACGUCUGGCAAAGUGGGCAGUUGAAUUGAGUGAGUACGACAUUGAGUACAAGAAUCGCACAUGCGCUAAGUCACAGGUUCUCGCGGAUUUUCUCGUAGAGCUCUCUCCUGAACUCGAAGCUGACAACCCCCCACCCGAGAUAUGGUCUCUCCACGUUGACGGCGCUUCAUCGAAAAUGGGCUCGGGAGCAGGCGUACGCCUAACCUCGCCAACAGGGGAAAUCUUGGAGCAGUCAUUCCGCCUUGCUUUCACUGCCACAAACAACGAUGCUGAGUAUGAAGCGCUAAUCGCCGGGUUACGUCUCGCACACGGAAUCGGAGUCAAAAAGAUACAAGCUUACUGCGAUUCACAGCUGGUCACGCACCAAUUCAGUGGAGACUAUGCAACGAGACACGCACGCAUGGAUGCUUAUCUGAAAGUCGUCCGCGACCUCUCACAACAGUUCGAGUUCUUUGAGCUCGUCAAGAUUCCACGCAGCGACAAUGCUCCCGCAGACGCACUUGCAACACUAGCCUCAACAUCGGACCCAGACCUCCGCCGAGUAAUACCGGUAGAAAGCAUUGAUCAACCAAGUAUUGACAUCGAACUCAUCGAAGCCGCACUCUCAACAGAAGCAUCAGCAAACCCGAGCGCUAGCUCGGCAAUCGUCUUGGCAGUCAUGAGAUCAGCCUCAGCGGCCACAAACGCAACCACUAACGCCACGCCCAUUCCAACCCCAGCACCUCCAGUUACCACCAUACCUGCACCACCCGCCUCCAAAAGACAAGAAGAUUGGCAAACCGAGAUUAUAGCAUUCAUUGCGGAUGGGAUCAUGCCAAAGGACAAGUGGGAAGCACGACGUCUUCGCGUCAAGAGCGCACAUUACACGCUGUUGGAUGGUAGCUUGUUCCGUUGGGAGGCCAAUGGCGCACUUCUCAUCUGUGUUAAUACAAAGGACGUCAAUGACAUCAUGCGAGAGGUCCACGAAGGCGCUGGAGGUAACCACUCGGGGGGGCGAGCAUUGGCACUUCGAAUUCGCCGCAACGGCCAUUUCUGGCCGACUAUGGUUGCCGAUUGUACUGCAUUCGCAAACAUGUGUGAAAAGUGUCAGCGACAUUUACCAUUCAUCCAUUCUCCGACAGAACUUCUGAGGACCACAUCACCACCUNUUAGAAAGCAUUGA